AGCAACCGUUCAGACAUUGGAGGUGUGAGAGAGAGAGAGCGCCAGUCGCAGCUCGACUUCCGCCGCGAGAGGGUCGAGCGACAAGCACGAUCGAUAACGAAAGUUCAUAUAACAUUAUAAAGAGAGGGGCCAGGGCAGGCAUUUUGCCCGGCACACCUUGUCGCUCGAACUGUUCGUGUUCUCUUGCGGGUUAUCGGACCUUUUUGUUAAUUCGACAUUAAUGUUAGUCCAGGCUUUCGAGCAUAUUCGCAAAAGUGCUGUGUAAAAAAACCGAUCGGAUCGGUGAUUAAGUGUACAUAGAUGCGCGAUGUAAUUGCGGUCGUGUGAGUGUCAGCAUAUAUUUCGCUGAAAAAUCUAAGAGAGCUACGUACGAAAUAAUGGCCUUAAAGCUCGAAAAAUAAUAGGCGAGAAACAUAAAGAAACCCGGAGCACAGUCGAAACGAUCGAAUGGACUGGAAGCUCGAGGAGGGGGGAUAGAAAAGAAGAAAGAAAGACGAAGGAAACGUGAAGAAAAGAUGUCUUGAAUAGGAAGGAUCUCUGCCUCUUUUUAUCCAAAUAUCGAACGUCACACCGAGGCCCCGUCUCGUUUCGUUGCGCGUGUAUAUCUCUCCGUGCGUUUAAAAAGCGAGUUCACGCGGAGGGACGUGUUAAGUGUCAAUUAAACAAUAACUGAAAGAUUAACCCAAAUGUACGUGGACUUGAGCGAUGAAAAAAUGCGAGUGUGCGUUUCGUUUGCAACGAGGAAUACAGUGAGUCGCUGUACGUCGGUGUGAGAAAAAAAAAAACACGAAGUUACUAUGGAUUUGUCGAUGCGAACAGCCGUGAUCGCGAGCCUCGUGUGCGUUGAUUGAAGCCCGUGUAUCGGCGAGUGGAAGGGGAAGGCUUUAUGUGCAAAUUUCGUACGGUUCCCAUCGAGAACUCUGGUUUCGUUAAAUCGUUUUCUUCAUUCCCCCCCUCCUCCCCCCCUCCCCCCGUUUUUUUUCUCCCUUUUUUUUCUUUAGUCACGAAUCGCUCGAGGUGCGUGUACAACCCGGUGAAAAGUUUAACAAUGUGUGAAUUUAGUAUUGUGCGACGGUGAAUCAGACGAGUGGUGCUCGAAGGUGAAGGAGACAGAAUUUUAGUGGAAGUUUGCGGUUUGGUGUGUCUCGGUGUGCGACACGGGCUCGCAGUCGUGAAAAUUCGUCGUCGUCGUCGUCGUCGUCGUCGUCGUCGUCGUCAGCAUUGUCACAAUCAUCGUCAUCAUUACCAUCAUUGUCUUCAUCUUCGUCGCUGUUGGCCAGUCGGAUUAUCUGCCGUCUCACUCGUUCCCAUUCGCCCGUAGGUGUUGUGCGCGUGUCGCCGGGCUGUGCGACUGUGCCUACCUCGCUGUUCUAUAUGUGUGAAUUGGACGGUGGUGGUGUACCCUUCGGAAAGAAGAAGAAGAAAGGAAGAAGGAUCGAGCAGCGGCACGAACCUCGAAAGGGAGGAGGAAGUACGAUUCACGGUGGAAGAGAGACUGUUGGUUCUCUCUGCGUUCGCCGUUACUAAUACCUUAAGCGACGUACGUUCAUUCUUCAUACACGCUCUCUGUCUCUGUCCUUUCUGUCUCACCAAUUCGCGUUCUCUCCUUAAUUUUCCCUCCCACUCGAUCGCUUUCCUCUUUCGCUCUGACGCAAGCCCCCGUAAUUUCGUGGUGCGUAAAAGUGAGGCAUUCCUUGGCGUUGGAUAUACAAAACAUUGGUCCGAGCCUUGGUCGCCUCUGGAAUCUCGAGUGAUGAUAUAAAUCCCGUCUCCUCUCUUUCAUUGGAAAAUCUGCGAUCGAUGAGAGUGGAAAUAAAGCGUUGAUCAUUCGUCGAGAAAAGGACGUUAAAAAUUGGUGUUCGUCACGCGCGAAGAGGAAGCACAGACCCGUGAGGAAGGGUCGAAACGUCAUUUCGGUAAAGGGGGAAGGAAAAGGAGAAGCCGAAUGAGAGAAAGGGAAAGCUGUGAGCGAGGAAAUAAAGCACGGCGACGGCGACGACCAACGAAAAUUGUUCAUUUUCCACCGCGUUUGUUAAUUCGUCCAACGUCAUUGUUGAUUGCCCCACGGCAACUCGGAGACGUUGCGAGCGUGUUGUGCGUACGAGGAGGAAAUUUUGAAUAAAAAGAAUACGAAAAUUGGAGGCUGAGGAGAGCGAGACUGGAGAAGCAAGAAGGGAGGAACGUAAAAGGAGAGAUCCUGAAGACUGAAGCCGAACGAACCUUGUAUGUGCAUAUGUAUGUGUGUGUCCCUGACUGACCAGGAGUAAGCGCGUGUGCGUGUGCAAAAGCCUAGCGGAAAUUACCCUAACCGGGCUUCCCGAGCGAGGCUCUCUUUCUCACGAGAUUAUUCUUUGUGUUCCGGCACGUUCGAAGAGAGAAGGGCCUCUUUCUGUCGCUCUUUCAAACUCUCUCUCUCUCUCUCUCACUCUUAGUGUCUUAACCCCCUUAACCGUGGUGGUGGUGGUGGUGGGUAAGCUUAAUCGAUUUCGCUGGAUCACCGGAGAGGCGAAGAUCCCGCAGUGAGAUCGUAUUCGCAAGAGGCUGGCGCGAUCGUCGAUAAGACCGAGAAUUCAUUUUUUCUUCGUCUUCUUCUCCGUCUUGUGCAACAGAGCUAAGCGUUGAUCGCGAAAGGAGAGCCGCUGAGAGGCUAAGAUUGUGAGAAAGGUGGCGAACUCGUCGUCGGUAAGCAGCGACGAGGACGACGGCGACGGUAACGACGGUAACAAUAGAGCUAGAAGAAUCAGGAGUAAGAACGACGACAACAACGAGCGAGAAACUAGGAAAGAAGGAAGGAGAGCAGCAGCAAGAAUUUAACCAACGGUGACAACGAAGCUCCUCUACCACGGAGUCCCUUGUGUCACUUGUGCUGCUAUUGCUGCUUAAUACGCCGCAAGAGCAGCUACGCUCUUCCUGCAAACGUAACGAUGAUAGCGCAGCGUUACGCAUUCGCCGAGGUUUUUUAGCCUCCAAGGGCGUCGUCUCAAGCCUCCUCACGUUUCACGUUAUUUUCGUUAUUUGGCUGUCCGUCACGUGGGACGCAUGCGCUCGUACACCGAUACAACGAGCGGCCUCCAUUCAUCAAAAACACCACGACUAUAAUAACGCUUAUUACAAUAAUAAUAAUAAUAAUAAUAAUAGUAUAUGCGAUAACGAUAACAAUCAAAGGAAUCGGGAUAACGAUAUCGAAAUGGCCGCGAGUAUAUGCUACGAGAAAGAAAUCGCCGCGGUUCCAGCCCCGAGCAGUCUUCAUCAGCAUCAUCAUCAUCAUCAUCUUCACCACCAGCAACAACAGCACCAUCCGCCUCGGACACGUCAUCAAGUCUUGCUGCAGCAGCAGCAACAACUCCAGCAGCAGCAGCAGCAGCAACAGCAACAGCAACAACAACAGUCCCAACAGCAGCAGCAGCAGCAGCAGCUCCAUCUGCACAAUGUACAUCAUCAUCGAGGCGCAGCAUCCGUCGCACCGAGUAACUCCAUCGUCAAAGAAGAGCCCAGCAGCGCGGCCGGUUCGCUAGUUUCGGGUAUAGUACAGUCCAUACUCGGUUCACCGACGAGCGUGAGUACCGGGGCUCAAUUGCCUACGAGUUCGAUCGGUCCGAUGUCAGCCUCGAGCCCGUACAAGGAUUACAAGGAUAGCGUAGUGAGCAGCUUCAAGGAUUACGCUCAGCCGCUGCACGUCGAUUGUAGCGUAGAAUACGAGCUGCCGAGCCAGGCGAAACCCCCGCCAGGCGGGGGUGAGCCACUCUUAAUGAUACAUCCUUGUUAUUACAGGCGUGCGGAGCGCGAGCGACGAAGCCUGUUCGUCAAUAACUUGCCAUCGAGCGGCGGUGGAUCCUCGAGCGCAUCGUCCGGUAUCUCCGGGACGAGCGGUGGUAUCGGCUCGACGGGCGUUGUUCUCGGCGGUACACACGCUCCGCGUAGCGUCUCGUCCUCGAGUUUAGCCGCGAACUCGACGAUGUCGAGCUCGUCCUCGUUGCGCCCGGUGAAGAAUGCGAGCCGCGCGAGAACGAACUUGAACGCGAGCUCUUCGGUGGUCGCCUUGGCGACCAAUCCCAUUGCGCCGUCGAGUCUGAGGUCGAGCGAAUCCACCAUGAUUAAUUGUGCAACCGUCGCCGCGAUAGCGCCUCAAGCUGCCCUGCCACCUGCACCGGCUGCCAUCUCGAUUUGCUCGAUCGGUACGGCGGCCCUGACCUCGUCGUACAACGCGAAAACGUCAAACACAUUGCUCGCGAGCUCUAAUACGGACGCAAGGACCUCCAAUCCGAGCGGCAACGCGGUCAUACCGCUCGAUAUGAACUCGAAGAACCCUCGUAACACGGGGAGCAUCGAGGCGAGCGUGACGACGAGUCUCGUCGCUCCAACCCCGAGCUCCCACUCGACGGCGGCCCAAAAUAAUCGAGCACCGAGUGCGGCCGUUACCAGUGCUAAACACUUGAACGCGACCGGGGCGAGUACCAAUUCCCUCAUUACGGCAGACGAGAAAGCCGUCAUAUCAGGUAUUUAUCAGCACUACUUUAGAGCGAUGCAGCGAGCCCAUCAUCACCAUCACCAUCACCAUCAUCAUCACCAUAACCCCGAGCAACAACAGCAACAACAGCCCCAACCUCCGACUCGAUCCAAUCAACGCCAACAGCAAAUCGGGGGGGAUUCGCAUCGUCAGCCGAGUCAUCGAUUGUCCGCCGUUAAUGGAUCGGCCAGCCAAGCUUCGAGCGUCCCGAGGAUAACUAACAUCGCCACCCCGUUACGCGCGGUGCAGAGUUAUCAACAGGUGUACGACGCCGCUGCCGCCGCCGCCGCUGCAGCCGCCGCCGCGGCAGCAACUUCCUCGAGAAAUUCUUCUUUGACCGGAUCUUCCUCGACAAGUUCUUCGUCCCUGACGAGGCACGCGAUGCACCACCACACCACCGGCGGUUUAGUCUCGCAUCAUCCUUAUCGACGACCAACAACCGGCGCAUCCUCCUUGCGUUCCACUUCCCAUCUUCCGCAUCAAACUACCACCGGAGUUUCCGCCUCCGCCGGGAUACCCUCGUCCACCGAAGUCUCGAGUGUCUACGCGACUGCGAUGCACAGGCAUCACGCAGCAUCCCUUCAGGCUCUCCAAGCAGCGGCGGGCUUCUACGAGGCUGCACCCGCCUAUCACGCACUUUUGCCGCAGAGCUAGGGUUCGAACAACGCCAAAAUCUCCCCCGCGUCCUGUCCACGCACCAUUCGUCUAUUCCCAUUUUAAUUGUGCCUCCGACUCUCCCCUUUGCUUUGUAUAGGCUCGUGAUAAAUCCCUCCAGUUCCUCCACCGCCCCCGUAGCCCGGUUGCGCGUUCACUUCUUGGCUCAUGGACUACUUCCUCAUUUUUUUCUUCUUUUCUUUUCAUUGCCUCUCGUCGACGUAGCCCGCCUGAAAAUCAUGAAACAAAUGGUCAAUCUUUAUUUACCGAUUUCGAAUAAAAUUUCGACGCGUACUUUGCUCCUAAUUCUUUCUUAUUUUCUCUCAACUUUUUAGCCCCUCUCGCUUUUAUCGUCCGAACUUAUUGUUCAGGCUUCUCUUAUGGCUGCUCCGUUGACCUCGAUUUGGGUAUUAAAGUCGGACGCUCGCACGGCUCGUGCUUCAACCUCCCGGUUCACCCUCGCCCCCGCCCCUCUUUUAUUUUUGUCCAUAGCUUAUCCAACUCUUGUUCACGUCAUACCCACCGCCGAUUCCGCAGUUCAAUCUUUCAUCAACUUGCGUCCUCGGUUGAUCUUCGGCUUGCGUAUAUUUCUGUACGACGUAUAUAUUCUCAUAUAUAUAUAUUUAUAAAUUUAUAUAAAUAUACGCCUGUUGAUUGUUCAUUCGAGCACGUGUCCACGUUGCUUUGUUAUUUCAAAGGACGUUUGUACUUAUGAAAUUUUCUUUUCCUCGUUACAGCCACUAUUUUAAUCUCGAUUCCGCGAGUCUAGUUCCUACAAAUAUUUAAAGAAAAUAAAAGAAAGAAAGAAAGAAAGAAAAAACAAACGAAACUACGAGUAGUAUUAUUCGCAUUCGAGAUCAAGGGUCCGCAGUAAACGAUGAGCCCGAUCAAGUAUUUUUAUUCAUUUCAGAGAAUAAUAUAUCGCUUCGCUUUACAAAACCGUACGAAAUAUGAGAAAAUAAAUAGAAACGACCACUUUUAAUAUAGCUGCGGACUCUUGUCAACGACUGUACGUUAGCAUAGGUAUACAAUGAGCCAAGACAUGACGACGAUAUCGCGAUCCUACCUCCCUACCUCGGCCUUAAAAAAGAAAAACGAAAGAGAGAGAGAGAGUGAGAGAGAGAAGAAGAAAGAAAGGUAACUCUCAAACUGCCUCAUACAAUUACGUUAAAAAAGAACACACGUACACGGAGACACUCACGAACAACACCAAACGACAUUCCUAAAUACGAUGAUUAGCUUGUAUAUGUAUAUACGAAAAACGCAAAAACGAUUGAGAAAGAAACAAACAAAUAUAUUAAAUUGUUUUCAACAACUGACUGAAAGAUUCGAGAGGUUAAAACAAAUUCCGUAAUCCACAUAAACACCAUCGAAAGCAUACACAUUAACAUAUGAAAAGAUCGAAAAAUCCAUUGGAAGAAAAAAAUGCGAAAAAUCAUUUAAAAAUAAAAAAAAAACUUAAAAAAAAAACAAGGAUCAUGUACAGUAGAGCAGAACUAUAUACCAGCGUACGUUAGAGAAAUAUCGUGUUUGAGCAUAGAGACGCGGUAUAUAAGAAGACACUCGAACAAACAAGAAUAAUAAAUUAAAGUAACGUAUUUAAAGAAAACGAAAAAAAGGUAACGAAAAUGAAGAGAGAGAAAAAAAAAACACGAUAAAAAUACAAAAUCUUUGCUUUGACUAUACUAUGCCGCGUAUUCAUAUGUAACGAAUGCUCCAUUUACAUAUGUAUAUUGUGCGUACGUAUUACAUAGUUGAAUUAUUGUAACUACGUAUAUACCGCGCUCUAUUUCAAUACUCACAUAUAUAAACAGCUGCUCCAGCCCAGAAGCCUUAGAUCGAAAAGAGACGAGAAGAUAGACAAAAAGAGAAAGAAAAGAUGAAAUAAAAAAGGAACGCGAGUGUGAGCCGAUGACGAAGGAAGAUAUAAAGAACCGAGCGAAAUUAUACGCGUAGCGAGAGGAUUAAAAGUGAAACGAUGCGUGUGCGCGUGUGUGCGUGUGUUUGUAUAGCUCCGUCGGUAAUUGUAGAUUUAAGGACCCAGCGUGUCACUGACUACCAUGCCUAACUUUUACGAUACUUAAUCACGGAACUAAUCCAAUAACUAUUUAUUACUUACGCAUACUAUAAAUGCUACCCUGCGCGACUGCAGCCACCACGAAAAACUACACCGUGCAUGAGGACAUGCACGCACAUUGACACGAGACACGCGUCAAUAGACCGGAACACACACACACACACACACACACACACACACGAAAAACGAACUUAGGGCCAUAACGGAGAAGUAAAUUGCCACUGAUAUUACGCGACGACACACCACAGUUCGGAUCGAUCGGACGCAACGAAAUUUUAUUUAAUCGAUUCCAACUUCGAAGCACUCUUUCGAUCGGGAUUAUAUUGAUAAAUGCAAAACUUCAUUUGGGCGAAGAAAGUGUUACGAAACGUUGAGAGUCCCGAGGAACAAACGAUUUAUUCAACUCUCUCAGUUGCGUUCAAACGAUCGGACAAACGCGAAUACACAUCAUACGAACUUACACAACUUUCGUCUUCCGCUGGUUGUGCCACGCUCAGGGUCUUAGCUCGAACGCUUGUACUGACGCGCGACAAUAACCACCAUUUAUUUAAAAGAAACAAAGUAAGGAGAGAGGAAUGAAGAAAAAUAGCAAAGGCAAAUAUGAGAAUACGCGAUGAUAAAAGAUUACGAUUUAUGAAUGCACGGAUUGUAUAAUUAACUUUAUAGAUUCUGCUAGCGGACGCAUUCUCACGCAUAGAAUGUAUAUUAUUACGAUUAUUAUUAUUAUUGCUAUUAUUAUUAUUAUUACUAUUAUGUUUGGAAUGCAUAUUUAGGAGAGAGGGGCAAACUCGUCAUUGACAGACUUGAGUGAGAACGCGUUAUGAAUUUAGACUGGAUCGUUCUCCGUUCGUUCGUAUCGUCGUAAACCGCUUAUUUUUUUUAUUUUAUUUUCUUUCAUUUCUAUUUAAUUCCGUUUUAUGUCGAUUUUCACUGGAGCUAAAAAUGCUCGAUCGUAUUUUCAUUGCUAGAAAUUUUCAAUCAUUUAUAGCCUCGACUCGUGACGUCCGGGUGGCCGUUUUUAUCGAUCUUGGGUGAAUGAAAAAGUCUAUAUAUAUAUAUAUAUAUACACACACACAUUUAUAUCGGCGUUUGUUCGUCGUCGUGCUACAGUCCUCGAAGGGAAGAAUCUCUGUUGGGCUCUUCUCUCGACGAGAAUUUAUCGUCUCAUUGGCAUGCCCCGCGACUGUAUUCGCCAAGGGCCACACCCGAAUGAGCUCGUAUAUCGAGGCUCUUCUCGCCAGAGAGUAGAGAAAGAGCGAGAACCUUCGCAACGAGCCCUUCGCGUGCUGAAGCAUCGAUCGAAUAUUCCGCGAUGUAACGGCCAACAAUUACGAUGACAAGACAGCGUGUCAAUGUAUUAGGAGGCCUCGCGAGGAGAAAAGAGAACGAUAGAAAGAGGUUAUGAUUCGGAAAGGUGAGCGCAACGACUGCCCACGACGUGGAGGGGCAAGGGGAGGAGUUACGACCGACACAACCCGACUAUUCUGCCAUACGCACUCACACAUACGUACGUGUCCUAACCACGCUACAAUUUAUAACCUGAUACUGUACUACUACGUACGAGGGAUACAGCAACUUGACGCGACACGAGGUUAUCCUCUUCCAGACUGUACAAAAAAACGUAUAUCUCUCUCCCGCCCCUCCAACCGUCGUGCGGAUGAAGGGAGAAUCACGGAGAGAGAGUAACAGACAUAACAGUGAUGUAAAAUCGCCUUCGUGUCACCGUCGUUUCAUCGUUUUUUUUUUCACUCUAUUUUACUACGAAUUUCAAACACACUUUGACCGUUGUUCUUUCGCGAGGUUCGUUUUCUUCGAAAGGCGAAAAAAAAAAAAAAUUGGAGUGUCAAAAAGUCAGUCGAAUCGCUAACGGCGGCCUGCUUUCUUCAUACUUUUCUUUCGUCGUUCGUCCUUCGGAAUUGUGCUUUUGCCAAUGUCAUCCGUUCGAUGAUUAUUCGAAAUCAAUUUUGCACGCUAAAUGCACCGACGUUACGUCAGUCAAUGCGACGAGGAAAUCGCGCUGCUUCUUGGCGCUGAAUUAUCGCCAAUUUUAUUUAUUCUCACUGCAAUGCAAUCCUGCAUCGCGAAAAUUAUUCAAACUCAGUGAUUGAUGCACUUUGAAACUGUUUUCUUUCGACGUUCGUUCGUUACGUCAGGACUUGAGCGUGUCUAACAAUAAAAGACGAACAAAUUCGAAAGCAGCCGCGCUCGAAAAACUCAGCAUCGAACAUAACCUCAACAAAAUAUAUUCGCCGUAUUUUUACCACGAUUAAUCUCAAUUCGCAAAGAAAAUUUAUCCAUUCACGGUUAAAUCCGUUGAAUUUCAUGACACGAUUUAUUCAUCAUUCGAGAAAGAUCGUCGAGUUUGGAAGCGACACACCGAGCAACAUCGAAGCAGCGAUUCGUUGCCGCCAUUUUUGUUCGUUGUCCGUUUACAGACCCGCGUAACUGCGCGCGUAUCGAAGAAAACGUAUAAAUUCUCGAGCAUCUGUUUCAACGUUGCCGAGAAAAUUUGUCAAUUCCGAGUACACAUUGGCAGUGAAGUCUCAUCGUGUUUGUCGUGACGAUCAUUCGACGGAUGAUGCCAUCGCUGUUUUACAUCACUGAAAAUAAAAAAAACGAAUAUAAAAAAUUAACGAAGUUUGCCGCUGACGACGAGUGCGUGCGUGUGUGUGCCUGUGUGUGCUAACUUGAAGUUGGCUGCGUAUGAAAAAGAAGACAAAGAGUAAAAGAAAUAGAGAGUGAGAGAGAGAGAGAGAAGAAAAAUAAAUAAAGAAUCGACGGCCUUGUUCGUAAAGCCCUGAUACACGUGUUAUUAGGAGUGAAAAGUGAUGAAGAGGGUGGCGGAGGGAGGAGGAGAGGAAAAAGCUUUCGAAGCCUGAGAGGAGUGUGUCGUAACCUAGCCUACUUUGAUAAAUAAGUCAAGUUUAUUGGUUAACGGGAGCUUAGCAUUAGUCAUCGUGUAGCAUCCAGCUGAGCGAAUGACAGAAAUAAGUAAAAAAAAAGAAAAAAAACGCAAAAUAAAGUACUUCCAUCGACUCGUCGAGAGCCUCGCGCCAUUUUACCAUCUGCCUAUAAACUAACCACGGGGUGAAAAAAAUAAUACAGAAUUAAAGAAAAGAAAGCAUAAACUAUAUCCUCACAUUGUGGAAAAUGAAAGCAGAGAAAGGGAGGGGAAAAAAAAACAGAAACAGAAAAAAACAAAAAGAAAUAAAGAAAAUCACCUAAUACCUGCGCAUUUAAAUAUUAACGUACAAGUUUCUAGUGUGAUACAUUUCUACGCUUAUUCUCCGACUAUAUAGUCUUUAAGUAGAAUGUAAAAGUGUCAAGUCAUGAGAUGCGGAUGUAGCCGCGGAUUCUGCAGUCCUUUUAGCGUAAUAUCGGAUAAGGCUAAGCGCGAAAAAAGAAAAACGCAAAAAAAGCGAGAGACACUCCGAAGGAAUUAAGAGAAAAAAACGAAAAGAAAACGAAGGAUUGGACUGUCAACAGAAAUAAUUGGAUGUGUGAGAUUGCGAAAGAGAGAAAGAGAGGGAGAGAGAGAACGCUCUAUCGAAUUUGUUUACCAGUUAUAUUUCAUUUUCAAAUGUAUAUUCGCGACGAUAAUUCGACCCCGCUGACCUACCCACCUUAUAAGCGAUUGUAUGCGUCUGCAAGUAUGUAUAAGUGCGUAUGUGUGCUGUGUGCGUUCUUGAUUCGUCCGUCAGAGGGACACGGCUUGUAUUUCUCUCUCACGACACGUCAAUUGUUGACGAUCAUGGGGUGAGAUGAUGACUAUCAUCGUCAUUAUUAUUAUUCAUACUAUCAUCAUUAUUAUUAUUAUCAUUAUUAUUAUUAUUACUAUUAUUAAAGUUAUUAUUAUUUGAUAAUUCUAGCGAGGAAAAAUAAUUCGUUGAUACGGGGAAAACAAUGAAACCAAGUCUCUCACGUGUACAUAGCUGUUGUAUAUAUACAUAAAACGAGGAAAAAAAAGCAAAAAACAAAAAAACAUUCACUGACUGUACAAUAUCACCAAAAUAUAUUUAUAUUUCAUGUUAA